AUGGCAAAGAGUGGCCAGGACAGUCAACUGUUAAAACAAGAUUUACAAUGUGGUUGCUGUUUUGAGCUGAUGGUUGAACCUACUACACUUAGUUGUGGACACAGCUUUUGUCGGUUUUGCCUUGCAAAGUGGUGGCAUGCAUCAAGACACAACACAUGUCCAGAGUGUCGGGAACCAUGGUCAGGAUUCCCAAAAGUUAAUAUUGCAUUACGGUGAGAUGAGAACAAGUUUUGUUUUGCAAUGCAGUGACUUUUACCUGGACAGCCUCAUACUUUGUGAACAAAGUGCGCUACAUUCUUACUAUGAAUGCAAAAAAUAAACUUGUUAUUCUCCCAUAUUAUAAAGAAGGUUAAGCAGUGCUUUCUUAAAAUUUUUAAAUUACAAAUUUAUUUUAGCUUUCUUGCAAAACUUUAAAACUUCAAAUACCCAUGCACAACAUGCUAUUGAUAUGCAAAGUACUUAAUUUCAUGUUAUAAGAGCACCUGACAACAUAAAAGCCUUCAUUAGGGACUGUUAAAUGCAAAUUUACAGGCAAUAUUUCGUAAACAUUGCAUUAGUUAAGUUUUCAUAUCAAUUACAACAUUUUUGUCCACUCAGUUCAGUCUUGAGAAAAAAUUCCCAUUGCUUUUCUACAUUUUACCAUCUUGACAAAGUUGUUGAAAUGACAAUAUUAUUGGUUGAAAAUGUAUUCCUUUUUUUAAGGAGAAAUUCAAUCUACCUUGUAAUCACCCCUUGGAGUGAAAGGGCUCAUGUUCAAGACAGAAAUAAGUGUUGAAUUUACUGUAUAUCAUGUAAACUACAAGGAACAAAUGUGCAAAACAUAGUAAUAACAUUGAAACCUACUACAGGCUACAUUCACUGUGUAAAUACUGGAGUGAUCAUAUGAUAUUACUUGUAUGCUGUAUAGAUGUGGUGUGAUAUGAUAUCUUUGAUGUUGUAGUGAAUUUUUAUUUUUCUCCAAAUUAUUUUCUGGUAGAAAAACUAUCAAAGUACUCUUUUCAAAGGAAGAGGUCGAACGAAGAUGUUUCCUGGAGUCUUCCCCAGAUUUUGGAUUAGUGUUGUCCAAGUUUGAUGCUCUAGAAAACAAAUCUUCACAAAGGUUGCGUAGCAGUCGUGAAGUAGAAUUUCUUCAAGGUCAAAAUUUGGGGAUUACCUUCACAAAGCUUAUAUUUAUUGUUCUCUCUGUCCUUGGCAUUGUCAUGGUAAGUUACUGUAAAGGUCUUGUAUUUGAGGUGGUGUGCGAUGUGCUGUUAUCUAGCAAAUGGCUAUCUUACAUCAUUUGCUAUCUUUCAUAAACAGCUCUCAAAAUAAGCUGUCUUUCUAUCAUGUCUUAAACAGAACAAAAAUUGAACAAUUAAUGGCUGUUGUGGUGGUAAUUUUUCCUCAGCUUGAAAUUUGUGGAAACAGUUUUAUUAUAUUUUCCUAUUUGCUUCUGAUUAUGUGAAAAUCAGAGCAGAAUAUUAAUCUAACUGGUUUGAAAAAAAUUUAAACCAAAUUAAUUUUGGCACUAUAGUAAAGUUAACAGCUUCUAAAAAAAUAAACACGUCACAGGUUGUUCUUGUGACUGGAUUAGAUAGUUUGAAUAAUCUACAAGGGGUUUGCAACAGAUUCUGCUAUUUCUAUAAGUUUAAUUCAAGUGAUUGGAUUGUUCCUCAUGGUCUGUUACAAGUAUUUCUAAAGAAAGUGUAGUUAUAAAACAAUACAUCUUUUAAUUAAACACCUUCUUUAAUUUUUUGUUUAAAGAAAUCAAAGUCAACUGAUUAUGGUAUAUGAUACACUUUUACACCAGUCGUAAUUUGUAAAAUUUAUGAUACAAAUGUUUUGAAGGGAUUGUUAUUGUGUUUUAAAUCUAGCUAUAGUAAAUCUUUGUUUCUCUUUUGUUGAUUGUAGUUUAUAUAUCAUGUCCUAAGUUUGUUCAUGGACCAAAGAGAUCCUCUUGUCAGAAAACCAGUGCAUAAGUGGAGUACACAGAAUGUGGCUAAAUGGCUUGAAAGCUUGGGUGAUUGGGCAGAACUAUAUGGUGACAGGUUCCAAGAUGCAGGAAUUGAUGGAAACCUCCUGAUGUCACUGUCUGAAUAUGACUUGGAGACUCCCCCUCUUAAUGUUGUAGUUUCCUAUCACAGGCGGGUACUAUUGAAGGAACUUGAAGCAUUAAAAGCUGGUGGAGUAAAGCAGCCAACAGAUGUGUGGGAAUAUAAGGUACACAAACUAAGAGGCAAUGUUAGAAUAAUGACACUGAUGAUUCCCCAACCCUAACAUUUUUUGUAUGACUGUCAUAUUCAUGGUACUGAAAAUCUGAGUAAGUAUAGAUUAUCUAUAUUUAAUGGUAAUGUAUUUUUUGAAAGAAAAAUACCCACUGUUUACAUGGCUGUCCACAGCCAAGAUAUUGUCGGAUAAAUGAAUGUUUGCCAAGAAGUGAAACUUGUUGAGGUCCUCUACUAUUUGUUAUGUACACAUCUACACUGUUCAAAGUCAUCAAGCAUCAUCUUCCCGGGGUCCAUUGUAUGUGGAUCAUAACCAGCUAUAUGCGAGUUUCAAGCCUGAUGAUGCUAACGUCCAGGAUGAGGCCAUUUGUGCAAUGGAAGAUUGUAUUAAAGAUAUAAGGAACUGGCUUCUUGGAGGAUGGCUGUUACUCAAUGAUGAUAAAGCUGAAUUUCUAGUUAUUGGAACUCAUCAGCAGUUAAAUUAAAUCCAUCAAUACUUCAUAUAGGUGAUCAUAUGAUUGAUCCUUUGGCCAACAUUAGGAAUUUAGGAACAAUAUUUGACAAUUUAAUUAGUAUGGAUGCUCAUAUAAAUCAAAUUAGUAAGACCACUUUUUACCAUAUUCACAAUAUUUGUAGAAUUUCUAAAUACCUUUCUCAGGAAUCCCUUAAAGCAUUAGUUCAUGCUUUUGUUACAUCCAGACCCAAUUAUUGUAAUAGCCUACUUUAUGGCCUUUCUAAAUAUCAUAUAAGUAAACUAUAACGUGUAUGGAAUGCUGCAGCCAGAUUUAUAAUGAACACUAGAUAGUAUGAUCAUAUCACGCCAGCUUUAUAUAACCAUCACUGGCUACCUGUGUUUUACUGUAUUUAUUUUAAGAUUUUAAUUAUUACAUUUAAGGCUAUAUAUAAUAUGUCACUUAGCUACAUUAGUAACUUAGUGUCCAUUAAGUCAUGUUCUGUUCAUUCCCUUUGAUCCAAUUCUUCAUUAUUUUUGGACUGCCAAGGGGCGCAUGCUAUCUACAUUAGGAGCUCAUUCAUUUUAUGCUUCUGCCCCCACACUGUGGAACAUCCUUCCAGAAAAUAUUUGGGAAAUCACUCAGCAAAAUUAAGAAAAAACUUAAGACACAUCUUUUUAAUUUAGCUUACAACAAGUAACUUUUCUUGGGGGUGGUCAAUUGUGUAUUUUUAGUAUAGAUAGAUACAUAUAUAGAUAUAGAUAUUUCUGAUAAUUCAUUAUAUUUGCUGUAUUUUAUAUAUAGUUUUAAAUUCAUGUCAAGCACUUUUGAUCAUUUUAAUGUUAAAAGGCAUUAUCUUAAGUGAAUAAUUAUUAUUUAUUGAAACUUCCAGGGCAAAUGUGAAAUUUGAGGAAAAUCUCACAGCCAAGGACAACAACAGCUAACAUACCAGAAAGCCAAAAAGGGGAUAUAUUUACUAAAUAAAGCUCCCAUUAAUUUUCAUAUUGCACAUUGACAGCAAAUUCUAUUGACUCUUUUUUAACUUUACCAAGCAGCAAUUGAGAUCAGCUAUUUCUUAUAACUAUCACUGGACUCUACAGAGCGAGUUUUCUUUUCUUCUAUGUCAAGUAAUAAAUAUGAAAAAGUGAAAGUAUUGAGCUGGCUUUUUCUUUCUGGCUUUGGGUUUUUUUUUUACAGAAAUAAUCAGACAAUUAUUGAGGUAGAUGGGGUUAUUGUGUGAAAACUGUGUGGUGAAUUAAUGGGUGGGUUAUGAUGAAAAAUACUUAUUAACUGGUAAUCUUAAAAAUGUGAUUUCAAAAGAAUGAUAUCUUGUAUAAAUUUAGAUCUUUGGAUGUAGACCAUUUUUUCCUUAAUUUAGUUUGUUUAAUUCCAGGCUGCUUAUCCUGUGCGUGCAAUACUUCUUCUUUGGGGUUUACGUGAGUUUCCAAGGUUGACAGUCUUCUACACAUUCUUUGCCUGUAACCAAGAUGUUUUUCAACCUCUGUUAUAUUAUACUAGUGAAACCAACUUUGAAGGAAGUAUAUUUGAGGUGAGGGCUUGAAAAUAUUAUAAAUAACCUGCAAAUGUAUUUCCAACAUCUAAUUAAUAACUUAAAGGAACUUUCCAAACAAAAUGUGUUUAUCUUGUGUGUCUGGGUAGUUUUACCCUGUCAAAGCACUCAACAAGUGAAAAGAUAACUAAUGUUCACAUGUGUAUUUUACUCUGAUCAUAUUUAACAUAUCCUUUGAAGGAGAAUGUAAUUUGAAAGGAAAAAAAAUUUAAAAGAAAAGAUAAAGAAAUAAAAGAAAAAAGUUGAGGUGACUAUGGCUUGGAACCUAUACCUUUGGACACAAAAGGAGUAGGUGUAUUGGGGUUAAGGUUAGCUUUAGGGUCAGGCUUGUGCUAGGUGCUUAGGUAAUUUCCUGCCCUGUCCCCAGUGUGUCAUUUUACCAUUGUACAAACUCUGCUUUACCUAAGUCCUCCUUUUGUCACAAUUUUGGCAUAAAUGAGAGCUGUUCAAUAACCCCUCUUCAUUUUACACCACAUUUCUUUCUUACUGCAAUUCUCUAGAAGUACAACUAUAUGAUAGAAGGCACAUUCAGUUAUAGACUGCCUUUUAUUAUAUGAUGGACUCCAGGGUUUUCAGCAUUAAUGCCCUUAAUAUCCAUAUGCUCUAUACACCUGAAAAAGAGGUUGACCUAAAGGAAACACAGGGUGAAAGAUUGAAAAAAGGCAAUGGAUUUGAAAUAUUAUGCUUGAUCAGAUAUUUAUCCUGGCACAGUUAAUUUAUGAUGUAAUGUUUUGGGAGUAGGAAGAGAUUUUUAGAGUGAGAUUAAUCCAAUUUCCUUUUGGUAGAAUUUCCUAAGAUUGGGCUUUUGCUAUUGCUAAUUAAUGAGAAAAAUUAAUGGGACUAGUUUAAAUGUAAAGGUAUAAAAAACAAAAAUUUGCAUGCUUUGUCCUUUGUAACCCUUUUUUCUUUUUUUACUUUAAAAUGAUCAACAGCACAAAUUUCACAUGUUGUAAAAACUGUGAAAGAAUUCAAUUCAGCCAAUUGGAGAAAAACAAAAUCAAAGCAAAAUUACCACUAGUGAGCACCUUUCUUUGUGGCAGUUAAGCUCAAGAAAGGAAACCUUUAUGUUGAUAUUAACUGCAGAAAGCAACAGUUGGACCCUUAUUAGCUACAUUUUGGUAACUUUUAGUGAUCUUGAAAGCAGAAACAUAAAAAAUUGUCCAUGAAAAGAAUGUUAGGGUGUGCAUCCAUGAUAAUCAGGCUAAAAGUCUAUGGAGCCACCCUAAGCUUGCACCUGAUUGGUUGACCAGUAAAUUGUAACUGUGAUCUGCCCUAAAUAUUUUUAUCUGAUGUCAGUAGUAGCUCAUGAAAAGGGAAGUAAUUGAGGAAGUGGAUUUUUUAAUUGCUGUCAUUACUCUUUCCCUACUUGUUGAGACAGUUCUUUUCCAUGAACUAACUGAAACCUUCUGUGUUUUCAGGCAACAGUCAUUCCUUCAGAAGAGUAUUUACGAUUCGUUUUGCGUCUUAUUUUGGUUCCCUAUUACCUGAUUGGAAAAUUCACUCUAAAGUGGAUCUAUCUUAAUUACUUUGUUGGAGCUGUUGUACUCAUCUACAGUGUUCUUAUGAGCCUUAAUGAGUUUUCAAAGCUGAGAUGGCUGUUGAUGAUGGGGGGAUGGAGGUAAGGUUUACUAUAUAGUUUGUGCAGGGAAUGAGCAGGGAAUUAGUAGGGAAUGAGCACUACAAAACAGAUCCCAGCCAAAGCUGUUGCAUUGUGGCUUUGUUUUUGGUGAAGUAUCAGAACUUUAUGUAUAUACAAAGGGAAGAUACUCACAUAGUGAUGUUCACUAUUGGUUAAAGCUUUGAGAUCAUUGGAGGUAAGAUUUGAUAUAUUAUUUAGGUUUAUUUCUAAAGUGAGAUGUACUACUUUGCAAUAAAAUAUCUUAUCAUGGAGGAGCUUCCAAACAUGGACUUUUGGAAGGUUGUUACAAAUUAAUGAUAUAUCACCAGGAAUGGCUGAAGUUAUUUUCAUUUGCACAGGCAACUACCAGGACUGUUUAUUGGAAUCAUUAUUACAGCUUCUGUGAAUGGAUUGUUUCACCUUGCUCUAUGGAGUUUUCUUCCAUCCUUCAUUUGUGACAUUGCAUUUUACUGGAUGCUACUCUUGGCACCAUACGCUGCCUGGCAUAGCUUUAAAGUGGGUUUGGCUAAUGGUGAAGUCCACUUUCAUCCUGCAAGAGACUUCUUUUUAUGGAUUUGGAGAGUGCUUCAUCAGUUGAGGACAGGAUAACACUUUUGAUCCAUAUAUAGAAAUAACUAGUGCAUCAAUAGAAAUGUUUUAUAGAUCUUUAGUUAACUCUCUAUUUUAGCUACCAGUUCCUGUUAGUUAGCUGUGCUGUAAUCUUCAUAUCUUUGGGAAAUGUCUGCAUGCAAUGUAACUUACAUUUAAUGGAAUGACUAAGCAUGGAUCAUGCACAAAACAUAUCACCAAUAACUGGCAUGGGAAACAACCACCACCUUUUCAUCAAAGAAAAUUAUUGUUACAUAGUCACUUCAAGACAUAAUCACUAAAUCCAUUAAAAGUGUUCUUCAGUUUCUUACACUAUCCUUAAAGGGGGGCUCAUUACAACCAAGUGUUAAUCUUGUCCAGUGAAAGUGCAUUCCAAACCAUCUCUAACUCAGCCAAAUGUUGAUUUUUGUGGGCAACAUUAAGGAGGCCUGUAGCUAACACUGGAAAGACCCUUCUUUUUUUUUUUUUUAAACUUUAAUCCCUCAGCAAAUAAAGAACUCUCCAGAUCCAUGAGUUAUCCAAAACUGCAGCAUAUGGUAGAAUUUUUCUACAUCUUGAGCUCCAGUACUUUUUCUUUGUGUCUUAGGAUGGAUAAGAAUAAUUUUCUGCAAGACUAUCUAACACAAUUCAGGGACUAAUUUAACCAUUUCAUUACAGACUAAUUGUCUUAAAUUGAGUAAUAAAAUACUAGUAAGGUUUUCCUUUUUGUCCCAAUGCAUUCCACAUUGAUUUUCAGGAUUUGUAAAUUUAUAGCAAUGCGUUAGGCUUAAGGGAAUAAUGUUUCACCCAGAAGAAUUUGUAUGAGGAUUCCCAUUUUAAGUGGCACUAGGUUUUUAGACUGGUGGUCUCCCUCAAUAUUAACACAAGCUGGCCAUUCAAUUAUCAUAAGAAAUGCAGAACACCAGUAACGGAAAAAUAUUGUUCUCGCAAUGUAACUGUUUCUGGCACCUAUUUCUCAUAGCUUUUAAUACCUCAUUUUACAACAUAGAGAAGGUCAUUGUUACAAAUUUAAUUUGUAUCCAAUCCUCUUACUACCGCCUUUAAAUAUAAAAUACUUUUGUGGAGUUCAGGGCUUCGAAGUAGAUUUCAGUUCAGUUUUGUUCAGCCAAAACCAAAGAAAUUACUUGUUUCUAAAGCUAGAAAGGAAAAGCAACAAUUUUGCAAAGAGUCCAAAGUGAAUUUAAGCUUGGGAGAACUUGACUGAGUAAGUUUCAGUAUUGUUGUGAAUCUCAUUGACAGGGAAAGCCAGUUUCUUGACUAAAAACAGAGAACAGUGAACAGCAAUGGGUCAUAGGGGUCUACCAAUAAUUAUUGUAAUGACACUAGGCCAGUAACUCUACUGUUAUUAUUAUUUGGCCAAAUAGCUUAGAUACAAACUAAACCCAACGAGAGAACUGUUGUGAAGUUAAUUUCUAACAAAGAGGCUUAACUGUCAAUUCAAAUACAUAUAUUACAUCUUGCUAUUGUGAUACAUAAAUGGAGGCAAUUUCAUUUACACCAUAGUAGUGUCUUCUUUUGCAAAAAAGAAAAUUCAGCUUUUUCAGAGCACACAAGCCUAACUAACCAUAUUAUUGGGUGGG